ACCAGGCGCUGAACGCUCUUCACCGUCAUUAUGGGUUUGCUAAAUGCUGAUCUCUAAACCUCACAACAAGUGUAAAAGAACAGUUGGCGGUUUGCUAAGCACCACAGUGCCACGACUUUAUCUGCCAGCUGUAGGAAUAACAUUUUGCUUUCCCCCAAACAAUUACCAUCGUUCAUUAGGAAGCAUGACAGCCACUACCACUGGCGUCCCGCCUUUUGAUGAAGCGGCCGCCUUCCAUCUCACCACACCUCCGCACCCGACGUGGACAGAGGGCAUCAACCAACCUGCCCCGCCAUCCCACGGCGAGACUCUCACUUUAGAUCCGUUACAGCUCGCGAAACCGUCCUGCUACAAGUUCCUCAUUAGCAGCGUGGUUCCUCGCCCCAUUGCCCUAGUUAGUACCCAAGAUCCCGAAACAAACAUUGUCAAUGUGGCACCAUUCUCGUAUUUCAAUGUUGUAUGUCAUGACCCUCCGACGGUUAUGGUAUCCAUCAACUACGGACGGAACGGCAAGAAAGAUACACUACGAAAUAUCCUUUCUUCGUCAGAGUUCGUUGUGAACACAAUGUCUGAGCAUUUUGUGGAAUCUGCCAACCAUACCACAACCAAUUACCCACCUCACACUUCUGAACUUCCGGACUCGGGUCUGACGGCUGUGCCGUCCGAUGUGAUUCGUCCCCCUCGUAUUGCCGAAAGCGCAGUGUCCUUUGAAUGCAAGGUAACUCACAUCAACAUUCUGCACAAUAAGGAGGGCAAACCGACCUCUGGCGUUGUGCUGGGUGAAAUAGUCCGUAUCCACGUCAAGAAAGGGGUGUACAACGAGGAAACCGGUGUUGUAGAUUUGAAGGAAUACAGACCUGUUUCCAGGUUGGGUGGUGUCAUGUAUGGAAGAGUCAUAGACGGCUUUGAGUUGCCGAGGAGGGUCUUGAAUUCGUAGGUAGCAAGUAGUGAGAUCUGUAGUCAUUGUAUAAACUUGCAUGCAAUAGAUAUUCUGCUACGGUUCCGUCUGUGUAUCAAU